AUGAUAGAACUGGACGCUUCCCCAAAGAAGGGUCGAUGGGAGGAGGUGACCAGUUUAUUACCUUCUUCCAAGUGCAUUAUUGGUAACAAACCCUUUGAGAUGAAUAAAGCCAGUGGAGUGCUUUGCAUUGAUAUUGAAAAUUUAGGUUCAUUCGGAGGAAACCAACAGUCAAAUUAUUUUGGUCCAUUACAACCACAUUAUAGUAUAACGUUCAAAGACUAUCCUUCAGAAUACGGAGCACUACCUCAGGCCGAUUGUGCAGCAUCAAAUGUUGAAUUUCUUUCAUACCCUCAUUCCAUGGCCGAUUCACAAGGCAAUCGUGACGAACUCAGCACUCCAAUAACAAUAACUGGAUUUGAUAAUUCUUCUGGCAUAAGCGCGGAUUCCUAUUUAUCUAAUCAAUUCAAUGAUAUUUCACAACAAUUACCUGGUCAUAAUCCUUUCUAUGCAUUUGAACAAUCAAAUUUAAUAAUUCCCAAUCCACUUCAUUCACAUCCUCAUUCAUCUCAUCAUCUUCAUCAUCAUCAUGAACAUCAGCAUUAUGGUAUGGAUCAAUCAACAGAUCAACUGCACAAUUCUAAUAAUGAUAAUAUAAUUCCUAAUGAAAUUUCAACUAAUACAAUUCCUCAUGGUGAUUAUGCAUUAACACAACAACAAAAAAAUGAAUUAUAUUCAUCAAUAUUUUCAGAAUCGAAUUAUUUUCUAUCAAAUACCACGGUAAAUACUUUAUCAAAUGUACAAUAUUCCAAUUCAAAAUGUAUUCAACAGCAUAUACCUGAAUCAUAUCAAUCAGUGAUAUGGUUAAAUCAAGAACAUUCACAAAUACAAUUACAAGAACAUUUACAUUAUACAUCGGAUGGAAUAAUUACAACACAUAAUCAUAAUAAUAAUUAUUCAUUAAUAAUUAAUAAUGAGAAUAAUGAGAACAUGAAUAAAAAUUGUAAUGAAUUAUCAAAUAUUAAAGUAAAUAAUACAGAAAUGGAUAGUGUUUUACCUGUUCCAAUCGAGACUGUGUCAACCACCAUGACUGAUGGUAAAAAUAUUCAUGUUCAAGACAGUGAUAAUGAUGUUAUCAUGAUGCGACCUUUAGUUGAACAGUCAAAUCAUUUUGAAACAUCUGAACAUUUAUCUGGGAAUACUGUGAUAUCAAAUGAUUUAAUUGAUAAUAUCUACUGUAAUAAUAAUAAUAAUAAUGAGACUACUGUUACUGCUGCCAAUAAUAAUCAUCAUCAUUAUGAUACAAAUAUAAUUCCAUUACAAAUUUAUCCUACAAUAUUUCAACCAAAUUAUUCACCGGCUACAUCAUCAUCAUUAUCUUCAUCGUCGUCCUCUUGUUCAUCUUCUUCAUUUUCAUCAUUAUCAUCAUUGUCAUCUUCAAUGGUUUUAUGCACAGAAACAUUAACAAUAACUCCAGCAACAGCAAAAUCAUCAUUAGUAACAACAACCACAACAAACAUUUCACCUUCAUCUUCAUAUUAUACAAAUCAAGAUUAUAAAUUGACUAGUUUGAAUUUUCACCAACAACAUUUAAAAUCGAACAAUCAUACUGAUUGUAAUAAUACUAUGGUUACUAAUAAUGUUAAUAGUAAUAAUAAUAAUAGCAAUAAUCAUUCUAAUGAAAAAAAGUGUAAAGUUUGCGGUGAUCGAGCUGUAAAUCAUAAUUUUGGUCAAUUAACUUGUGAAUCAUGUAAAGCAUUUUUUAGACGUAAUGCCCACAAAGGUCUAUCCACUUUGAUGGUGACUCGCAUGCUUCGUACAAAUGAUACAUCAUCAUUGAUAUAUGAACCGAAUCGUACAGCACAUAUAAAAUCAAGAGGUCUUGUGGAAUUAACAUGUACAGCGAAAUCCGGAGAACAUGUAAUCACACCAACUACUCGUCGCGAAUGUCCAUCGUGUAGACUAAAACAAUGUUUUCGAGUUGGUAUGAGACCAGACCUUAUACAAGUUCGUAAAAAAGAUGGAAGUAAACCACGAUGGUUGGAUAAAGUUCCACGUGCAGCUAUUGUUCAUGAACAACAUUUACAAUCUUCUGAAGCAUUACAAUGGUCAACAAAUAUUAAUAGUACUACGUUUCACAAUAAUAAUCAUAGUGAUAAUAAUAAUAGUAAUAGUAAUAGUAAUGGUAAUAGUACAAUUAAUAAUUCUAAUCAUCGCAUAAAAUACCGCUUAAAUCCUGAUAAAUUUUCUAAAAAUAAAACGAAAGAAUUGAAGCCUCAUCUAACUGAACAUCAACCUGUAGAUAUCAACAACAAUAAUAAUAAUAAUAAUCGUAAUAAUAAUAAUAAUAAUAACAAUAAAGAAAACAAUAUAAGCUGUAUGGAAAAAUCGAUUAAUUUGAAAAGAUUCAACAUUAACUCGAAUGAUUCGGUAGAAAUCCUGUCAGAUCCUUCAAUCCUUGCUCCUCAUCAGCAACAUCAUUAUCAUCAUCAUUCAACUUCUAUUUCACCUUGUUCUAAUCAUCAUCAUCAACAGCGUCAACAAUAUGUAGAAGAAGAAGUGACUAAUGAUGACCGAUUAAAUGAUUAUAUUAUGUGCGUAACAUCAAGUCCAUCAUUGAAUACAUCAAAUAUUUUAAAUAAUGUUCAUUAUUCAAUUACUGCAAAUAAUCUUGAUAAAGACUUAAUUAUAAAUUCAGUAGCCACUGGAAUAAUUACUGAUAACAAUACUAAUAGUAGUACAAGUGAUAGGACAAGUCCUAGAAUAACAACUACCAUAGCAACUAAUUAUUUUCCAGCUGAUACAGUUUUUCAUUUCAAUAGUUUAAUCAUUCCAAAUUCAUGUCAAAAUAAUAAAUACGGUGAUAUCAAUUUAACUGAUUGGAAUACAUCAUCGGAAAAUGGUGACAAUAAUGAAACUACUAUAAACAAUGUCAACUGUAUUACGUCCUCACCAUUAUUAUCAUCAUCGUCUCUUAUCAUACCAUCUACAACGACGUUGACAGAAGCGACAAUAGCGAUGGUAAAAGUAACUUCUGGUAGUACUGUUACAAAUACCAAGAAAACAACGAUAGCAAAUACCAGAAUUAAUAAUAAUGAUGAUGAUAAGCAACCUUCAUCGAAUUUACUUUACACAGAACAUCAACAACAUCAUCAUCAUCAUCACCAAAAUGUGGACUUCAGCACUUUGAAUGAUAUCAAUCACUUAGAUGACCUCAUUCUAUUAACUGAUUCUACUGAAUUGAUUGAACAACAAGAAAGUACAAAUCAAUUAAAACCACCUUCGAAAAUUCUAUCACCAUUACCUUUUACACUACCACAACCACCACCACCACCACCAACAACAACACCACCACCACCACCAAUGACAACAACAACAUCUUUAACCUCGGCAACAAUAUUACAUAAUAAUUUAUCUAAAAAUAAUUUAAUGUGCAAUUUUAUGAAUGAUCAUUCAAUUGUUUCACCCUGUAUAACAUCUAGCUUAAUGUAUUCAACUGAUACAUCAAUUAUACCUAAUAUACCGAAUAUACCAAAUAGUUUAACAGAAAUGUGUAAACAUUCAAAUGUUACACCAUUAUGGAGUACUUCAUCAAUAGAUGAACAAUUCACAAUACCGAUAAUCACCGCACAACAAAAUGAAUCUUUGUUAUCAACUUUUUCAAAUAAUAAUAAUAAUAAUUCAAUCAAUCAAUCAUUAGAAUGUAUUUCAAUAAAUAGUCAUGAUAAAUUAUCAUUUGAUUUAUCAUUAAAAACUACAAUGAAUUCAUUGUCAAGUGAACUGUCUCCAUUAUUGCCAACUUCUUCUGUUUCCUUGUUCUCGUUUUCGUCUUCUUCUUCUUCUUUGUCGUCGUCGUCAUCAUCAUCAUCAUCAUCGUCGUCGUCGUCUAUUUCAAUUAGAUGUAAUGAACUACAAUUAGAUGUGAAUUCUAUUAAAUCUUUACAAUUUGAACAAAACAGUAAUAAUAAUAAUAAUAACACGAAUACUAAUUACAUCUUACCGGUUGAUUUAAAUAAUAUACUAUUCUUGAAUGAAAGUAAAUUAUCAGACGAUUAUCCAAUAAUAAGUAUUCCCGAUAGUAGCAAUAAUAAUAAUAAUAAUAAUAAUAAUAGUAAUAAUAAUAAUAAUUCUUGGUCAAAUCUGAAUCAUCAUCAGUUGGAUUCAAAUAAACCAGAAUUACAAACAAAAUGUGAACAAAUCGUUAUUACUAAGCGUGACGACGGACCACGGAUAGCAAACUAUCGUUAUGUAAUGUUACAAUUGCUGGCAGUAUACUAUGGUUUGUUAUGUGAAUUAAUGAAAUCAAUAGGAAAACCUUCUUCACCUAGGUUUUAUAUUACAUAUGGAUUGUUAACAAAAGACAUCUAUAAUCCUGAGAUUUUCACUGUUCUAAACAAAAAUGAUAAUGAAAUUGAUGGAAUGUCUGGUAUUUUCCAAAAUAAAAAUCAAUUAUAUAAUGAAAAUACCAUAACAAUUCCAAUAAAUUUAACUAAAGUAAAGAAAUCAUGGUCAAAUAUAUGGCAAAAUGGAUUCAUUCCAAAUCCUGAAAAAAUUGAUUUAAAUUUAGAUUACACUGAAUAUCCUACAUUGAAAUGGUGUCUUACAAUAGCUAAUAUAUGGAGUGAUUUAUUUCUACGUCGUAUUUCAGUAUUUGCAAUGUCAUUAUUAGGUGAUCUUAUACAAGAUAAUAAUAAUCAUGAUGAUAAAAUGGGAUCUUUGUCAAGUUGUCAUAACAACAAUAAUCAUGAACAUGAGGAUAAUAAUCAAAGCAUUAAUGAAUCUAAUAUAUACAUUUCAACAAAUGAAUAUUUUAAUGAUUGUAAUCAAAUUCAUGGAUUAUUUCAAAAUGAAAGAGAAAAUAAUAUAAAUCAUGUAUUGAAUGAUAUGAAUGAUCCAUAUUUAACAUGGGAUGAUAUGUUAUGGAUAGCAAAAAAUCGAUUUACAGAUUGUGUCCCCGUUUUAUUAAUUGGUUGUUCUUUGUUGGUUAAUAAAACUAUGAUACCAUCAUCAUCAUCAUCAUCAGCAGCAGCAUCGUCAUCAUCAUCAACAUUAUUAUCAACCAAUUUUAAUCAAGAAACCCCAACAGAUUUAAAUCAUUCAAGUAACCAUUUUUCAAUUGGUAACAAUAAAUUCACUGAUGAUUUAGAAAAACUAUCAUUUCAGUGUUCAAUUAAUCAUCAUCAUCAUAAUAAUAAUAACAAAGAUGGGGAUCAUUGUUUAAUAUCCUCCUCCUCAUCAUCAUCAUCAUCGUCGUCGUGCUCGUCAUCAUCAUCAUCAACCAGAGUAACGACAUCAAAUAAGAAAUAUAAUACAAAAUUAAUAUAUUUUCAAACAGAACCUAAUUGUGUACAUGUUUUAGAUUUAACAAAAUUAAGUAAUGCUUUAGGAGAUUUAAGUACAGAAGACUCACUUAUCAAUACUACUACUAAUACUACUGAUAAUCACAAUAAUAAUAACAGUAGUAGUAAUGGCAAUAAUCAUAAUAAUAAUGGGAUAAUUCAUUCUAAAAUUGUAAAUCAUCAUCAUCAUAAUAGUAAUAAACAAGUUGCUUAUCCAAUAUUAAAAUAUCUUGAUGCUUAUAUAUCUCAAUUAAGUAGUUUCUUAGCUCAUCAUCCAUUAUUAUUAAGUGCAUAUAUGGCAUUAAAAUUAACUGAUCCAAUAUUAAUAAAAAAUGAAGAAAUUUCUGAUCAAAUUAUAAAUGAUUCUCAUUUAAAUCAUAUACAAUAUGAAUGGAAUAUAAUUAAAAUUAAACGUAAUCAACGUUUACAACGUUUACAUGAACAUUUUUUAAAUUUAUUUCAUGAAGCAAUUGAUAUUGUUGCUAUGGAAACAACACAAUUGAAUAUUGAUUUACAAAUGAAUAAUCAUAAUCAAUAUAUCAAUAAUAAUAAUAAUACAUUUAUAUCACAAGAGAAAAUUGCUGCAAAUUCACGACGUAUUAUGUUAACAGAAUUUUUAGAAUGGAGUCGUGAAUUUGAUGCUACAUGGCAUCAUUUUCAAUAUGAUAUAUGGAAACAAGUUAGAAUGAAACAAACUAUAGAAUUAUUAUAUCAUAAUAAUGAAAAUUAUGAAUAUAAAAUAUCAAAAGGAUUAAAUGGAUUAUUUAAUAAACAAUUAAAAUUGAAUGAAAAUGAUUUAUUCAGUAUAUUAUGGGAUGCUAAAAAUGAACAAUCAUUCACUAUGUAG